AUGGGACUUGAGAAGACAGACGUUCAGAUGCUGUACAAUAAGCAGGGCUAUCUGACCAGCCUCAACAUCCUGAACAGGGAGGAUCUCCAGCAGGCCAGAGAUGCCUUUGCUGAGCUGGAGAGACAAUUUGGUGAGGAGUACACCUCGUACAGCCUGCACAACGUCCAUAUGAAAUACAACUGGGUCAUGGCACUAGCCAAACACCCAAACGUCCUGGAGGUGAUCACGGCGGUCCUGGGUCCGGACGUUAUCCUGCUGGACUCUCGUUUCAUCUGCAAAUACCCAGUGUCAAAACAAAGCAGCGACAUUAUUUCUAACAACCAGGAAAACCAGUCCAGUCAGGAGAGUGAGCACGUUCUUCCAUAUGUGGCGUGGCAUCAGGAUAUGAAGUACUGGGGACUUGAUGGUGGGCCGGUGGUUUCUGUCUGGCUGGCCUUGGAUGAUGCUCAGGAAGAUAAUGGUGCUCUACAGGUCAUUCCAGGAAGUCACUUCUCUGGCCUUCUGCCUCAUCGACAAGCACAGCGUGCGGGCAACAUGCUGACGGUAAAUCAGGAGAUCCAAGAGGAGCUGGUGGAGAAGGAGAAGGCAGUGCUGUGCCCCCUACUGGCAGGGCAAAUGUCUAUUCAUGAUGGACUCCUGGUUCAUGCGAGUGACCCCAACACAUCAGGAAGAAGACGCUGUGGCUUCGUGAUCCGCUACGUCCCCACCGCAGCCUUUCCAAUUCAGGACCCCGAGCGUCCGAGGCGUUUCCAUGACACAGUGGUGGUCAGUGGGCAGGACAAGUACAACCACUUCAAGUCAGAAUUUUGA